AUGGAACCCGCGGAGGUGGUGAUGUUCAUCUUGGUGCUGGUCAUCAUCGUGGUGUCGCUGCUGUCCAACAUCCUGGUGCUGAUCUGCUUCCUGUACAGCCAUGAGAUCCGCAAGCAGGUUCCGGGGCUCUUCAACCUCAACCUGACCUUCUGCAACCUGUUGCUGACCGUAGCCAACAUGCCGCUGACGCUGGCCGCUCUGGCGAGCCGUGACCAGCCGGGAGGCGACACCUUGUGUCAGGCGGCCGGCUUCCUGGACACUUUCCUCUCCACCAACUCCAUGCUGAGCGUGGCGGCGCUCAGCGUCGACCGCUGGAUCGCGGUGGUCUUCCCGUUGCGCUACCGUUCCAAGAUGCGCCACCGGGACGCCGCCAUGGUGCUGGGCUUCACGUGGUUGCACUCCAUGAGCUUCUCCAUGGCCGCCACAUGCCUCUCCUGGCUGGGAUACCACCGCCUGUACGCCGCCUGCACUCUGGCCGUGCCGAGGGACCAGGCGAGCAGUUGGACGCAGUUCGUCAUAUUCACUGUCCUUUUCCAUACGUUUACCUUCGUGGUGUCGUUCGUCGUACUUUGCGUCACUUACCUCAAAGUCCUCAAAGUGGCCCGCUUCCACUGCAGAAGGAUAGACAUCAUCACCAUGCAAACUCUGGUGCUGUUGGUUGACAUCCACCCGAGUGUUCGACAGCGCUGCCUGGAUCAGCAGAGGCGGCGGCGGCAGCGAGCCACUAGGAAGAUCAGCACCUUCAUCGGCACCUUCAUGAUAUGUUUUGCUCCCUAUGUCAUCACAAGAAUCGUGGAGUUGAUCCCAGCGGUACCCAUCAGCCCCCACUGGGGCGCCGUGUCCAAGUGCUUGGUGUACAGCAAAGCAGCGUGCGACCCGUUCGCGUACUCGCUGCUGCGCCACCAGUACCGCAAGACGUACGGCGACAUCGUGAACCGGCUGCUCAAGCGCAGCCCCUCUAUGAACGAAUCGGGACGAGGCCACGAGGAACGAAGCGACACCAUACCCAGGGCCGAGUGA